AUGUCAGCCGAACCAUCCAGGAAACGAUCGAGGUCUGUCGACGGAGCAGGUGACAGCGACGAAUCUUCCGACGACGAUUUUGGACCAGCGCUGCCCUCUACGGUGCCACCAAAGAAGAAACGCAAGCUUCCGUAUGAGUCGCUGUAUGUCGCGGCUCUCCCAAAGGGCCUGAAAUAUUCCAAAUCGUUGAUGCACAAAGACCAAAUAUCUACUGUGACUGUCGCACCGUCCCCUGUUGACUUUGUUAUCACCACCUCGAUUGAUGGGGUUGUGAAGUUUUGGAAGAAAAUAGCCACUGGCAUUGAGUUCGCCAAAGAGUAUCGGGCACACGAAGGUCUGAUCAUUAGCUCGAGUGUCAGCGUCGAUGGGGCUUACUUUGCGACGGCCGGAAAUGAGGAGGAUAAGACGAUCAAACUUUUCGACGUUGUUACUUUUGAUCUCCUGUCGAUCCUCAACCUAGAACAAACCCCUACUUGUAUCUGCUGGGUACAUCGGAGAGCGCAGGCUCCAAUACUUGCCGUGGGUAUUGGCAAACAGAUUCACAUCUAUGACGGACGCGGAGACUCACAGACCCCCAUACAUACCUUGUCUUCGUUGCAUCGAGCACCGGUCGUGGCCAUGGCCUACAACUACGCUUUCGACUGUGUGGUCUCUGCCGACUCGAGCGGGAUGGUUGAAUAUUGGCAGCCUGGAGAUAGCUACGAAAAGCCAGACAGUGUGUUCAAGAUGAAGUCAGCGACCAAUUUGUUCGAUUUCAAAAAGGCCAAAUCGGCACCAUGCUCAAUAACAAUUUCACCGUCCGGCCACCAGUUUGCAACCAUUUCAUUUCCCGACAGGAAGAUUAGAGUGUUUGAUUUCGCUUCCGGGAGGCUCUAUCGAUCUUACGAUGAAUCCAUCGAAACAAUCAUUGCCAUGCAGCAGGCUGGUACAGCUCUUCAAAAGUUGGAGGAGGUUGAAUUCGGCAGGAGACUGGCGGUCGAGCGUGAUCUUGACAAUCCAGUAGUAAGACCAAGAAUCAACGUGGUCUUUGACGAGUCGGGACAUUUUGUUGCCUAUGGUUCGCUACUAGGCAUCAAAGUCGUCAAUACUCUUACAAACCGAGUAAUGAAGGCAUACGGUAGAGAUGAACCGUUUAGAGCUCUCAAUCUAGGUUUGUAUCAAGGUGCCCCGCAGAAGAAGGAUGUGGUCACAGUCUCCAUGGCUGCCAGCGCGAACCCUCUUCUUGACGAGGCCCAGCAACGAGACCCGAUGCUAUUUGCUACGGGUUAUGGCAAGGUUCGCUUCUACAUGUUCACCAAUGAAGAGGAUGUUACCAAGUCGACGCGAGACGUCCAGAAUGAAAAACCAAGGACGGUUGGUGGCAAGAAGAAGGAAGCCAAGCAAGCUCAGUCUGGCACAUCCGCUGUGCUGCACACGACGUAUGGCGACAUUCACAUCAGGCUUUUCCCUGAUAAGGCUCCGAAGACAGUGGAAAAUUUCGUUACUCACGCAAGGAAUGGAUACUACAACAACACGAUAUUCCAUCGUGUUAUCAGAAAGUUCAUGAUCCAGGGAGGAGAUCCGUUAGGUGAUGGAACAGGCGGCGAAAGUAUUUGGGGUAAAGAGUUUGAGGAUGAAUUCUCAGAUCUUAAACAUGACAAACCCUAUACAGUCAGCAUGGCGAACGCUGGACCUAACACCAACGGCUCGCAGUUCUUCAUCACCACCGAGAAAACAACGUGGCUGGAUAACAAGCAUACCAUUUUCGGUCGAGCAUACCAGGGCAUGGAUGUAAUCCAUCAAAUCGAGAAUACGAAAGUGCGCAAAGAAAAGCCCGAGGAGGACAUCAAGAUCAUCAACAUUUCGAUCAGCUGA